AGACUACGCAGUGUUUCAGAGUAGUAGAAAAUUCACACUCUGUCCUAACUCUCUCUCUAUCUCUCUCCUCUGUUUCUUUUGCCUCUCCAAUGGCUGUUCCAGUGCUUAGAAUGUCUGUCUUCGUGGUGGGGUUCUUUGUGGGUCUUGUAAUGUUCGUGGGUUUUGCUAGCUCAGCAAAGUUUGAUGCGCUUUAUCAACCCAGUUGGGCCUCUGAUCAUUUUCUUUAUGAAGGAGAGCUUAUCAAGCUCAAACUUGACAAAUUCUCUGGUGCUGGGUUCCAAUCGAAAAGCAAGUAUAUGUUUGGGAAGGUUAGCAUACAAAUUAAGCUGGUAGAGGGAGACUCGGCUGGAACUGUCACUGCUUUCUAUAUGUCAUCAGAAGGUCCAAAUCACCACGAGUUUGACUUCGAGUUCUUGGGCAACACCACUGGUGAACCGUAUUCGAUCCAGACUAAUAUCUAUGUGAAUGGCGUGGGUAACAGAGAACAAAGAUUGAACCUAUGGUUCGACCCCAGCAAGGACUUCCACACCUACUCAAUCUUUUGGAACCAGCGCCAAGUUGUAUUCUUGGUGGAUGAGACUCCAAUUAGAGCGCACACAAACAUGGAACACAAAGGAAUUCCAUUUCCAAAGGACCAAGCAAUGGGUGUUUACAGCUCAAUAUGGAACGCAGACGAUUGGGCCACACAAGGUGGGAGGGUCAAGACGGACUGGUCCCAUGCGCCCUUCACAGCCACCUAUAAGAACUUUGAAAUUGACGCAUGCGACUGCCCAGUGUCAGUUGCAGCAUUUGAUAAUGCUAAGAAAUGCAGCAGCAGCGGAGCUAAGAGAUACUGGUGGGAUGAGCCAACGCUGUCUGGACUAAAUGUGCACCAGAGUCAUCAGCUCAUGUGGGUUAAGUCCAAUCACAUGAUCUAUGAUUAUUGCACCGACACUGGUAGGUUUCCGGCGACUCCUGCAGAGUGUCUGCACCACAGCCACAGCCACAGCCACAGCCACCGCCACUGAUAGUGAUUUAAUGUGGGUGUUUGAGUAUGGAUGGUGAUGGGUUUUGGGUGACUGUAAAAAUGGGAAAUAUGGGGAUGGAAGAUCAUAACUUGUAAGCAUGGGCUCCAUGCAUGUUUCAUAUGUUUGUUCCUUUAUUUGCAUUUUGUAUGAUAUGAUCAUCGAUCAAUAUGGCUUCUCUCUGUUUCUUAUUA